GUCGGGGAGUGCAAGCAGGCGGAAGUUCCCCGGGCUGUGGGGACGGCGCACGCACUCGGAAUCACUUGUCAGCGCUCGUCUGAGGCAGAGGCAGCGCCUCGCCGGACUCGAGUUUCUUUCAUUUUCUGGGAUUGGACUUUGAGCUAUUAGAGCCAUGAGCAACUACAGUGUAUCCUUGGUUGGCCCAGCUCCUUGGGGUUUCCGGCUGCAAGGUGGCAAGGAUUUCAACAUGCCUCUGACAAUCUCUAGUCUCAAAGAUGGUGGCAAAGCAUCCCAGGCAAAUGUAAGAAUAGGUGAUGUGGUUCUCAGCAUUGACGGAAUAAGUGCACAUGGAAUGACUCAUCUUGAAGCCCAGAACAAAAUUAAGGGCUGUACAGGCUCUUUGAAUAUGACUCUGCAAAGGGCAUCUUCUACACCCAAGCCUGAGCCAGUUCCCGUGCAGAAGGGAGAACCUAAAGAAGUAGUUAAACCUGUGCCCAUUACAUCUCCUGCUGUGUCCAAAGUCACUUCCACAACCAACAUGGCCUACAAUAAGGCACCACGACCCUUUGGUUCUGUGUCUUCACCAAAAGUCACAUCCAUCCCAUCACCAUCGUCCGCCUUCACCCCAGCCCAUGCGAACACUUCAUCACAUGCUUCCCCUCCACCCGUGGCCGCUGUCACUCCUCCCUCAUUUGCUGCAUCUGGACCGCAUGCUAAUGCCAGUCUUAGUGCUGACCAGCAUUCGUCUGCACUGAGCGCUGGUAAAUCUGCAGUUAAUGUCCCACGGCAGCCCACAGUCACCAGCCUGUGUUCCGAGACUGCUCAGGAGCUAGCAGAGGGGCAGAGAAGAGGAUCCCAGGGGGACAUUAAACAGCAAAAUGGUAACCCUGGCACCGUGAAAACCCCACCUAAACGCCCACCAAGAAAACACAUUGUGGAGCGCAAUACGGAGUUUUAUCACAUACCAACUCAUAGUGAUGCCAGCAAGAAGAGACUGAUGGAGGACACCGAAGACUGGCGUCCAAGGACUGGAACGACUCAGUCUCGUUCUUUCCGAAUCCUCGCCCAGAUCACUGGGACUGAACAUCUGAAAGAGUCGGACACUGAAAAUACAAAGAAGGCAAAGUUUGACAGUUCUCUGGAAGACCUACCUCAGAGUGGACCUCACCCACCUGCAACUCCUCAGGUUUUACAUAUUGGUAGCCAAGUAGCCACACUUUCUAAAGUAACCACGUAUUCUAGCUCCACAAGAAAUGUGGUGACAAGUUCUUUGGAAGGCUUUCGAAACUCUUCUACCUUCUCACCUCCUGCUAGAUACAGUGCUGCAGUUCUUAGUAGUGCGGCUGCUACCGUGUCUGCUGUUCUUGCUGCAAACCCAGCCAGAGCUACAUUUACAGGGCUCUCCAGCCCUGAUAAAUAUCACUCCCUCCUGGAUGCACUUUGCAUCAGCCCUGUUUCCAAGCCGUUAGCUUUUUCGUACCUGCAGUCCUCGAGGAAGUCAUCUGGCUCGAUCCAUGUUAAGAAAAUAAGCAACACCCAGGACACUUCUCAGCAGUUGGCUCCAUCAGUAGCUUCAGCACGGAGCAUGCCUGAGAGGCAGGAGAGCCCAGCCUCCACCAGACCAGGGGUGACUGGUCUCACAACUGCUGCCGCCUUCAAGCCUCCAGGAUCCACCAACAUUGUCAAGUCACCAAGUUGGCCACAGCCAAACCAAGCAGCGCUUUCCACUGGAAGAAUCUCAAACAGUGGAACUUCGUCAGGAGCGGCAGCACCAGCCAGCUCAGCCAGGGGACAGCCCCAGCCAGGUGACCAAGACACUUUAGUACAAAGAGCUGAGCACAUUCCAGCAGGGAAAAGAACUCCAAUGUGUGCCCACUGUAACCAGGUCAUCAGGGGACCAUUCCUAGUGGCACUAGGGAAAUCUUGGCAUCCAGAAGAAUUUAACUGUGCUCACUGCAAAAAUACAAUGGCCUACAUUGGAUUUGUAGAGGAGAAGGGAGCCCUGUACUGUGAGCUGUGCUAUGAGAAAUUCUUUGCUCCUGAAUGUGGGCGAUGCCAAAGGAAGAUCCUUGGAGAAGUCAUCAAUGCUCUGAAACAAACUUGGCACGUUUCCUGUUUUGUGUGUGUGGCCUGUGGAAAACCCAUUCGUAAUAAUGUUUUUCAUUUGGAGGAUGGUGAACCCUACUGUGAGACUGAUUAUUAUGCCCUUUUUGGUACCAUAUGCCAUGGAUGUGAGUUUCCCAUAGAAGCUGGCGACAUGUUCCUGGAGGCCCUGGGCUAUACCUGGCACGACACUUGCUUUGUAUGCUCGGUAUGUUGUGAAAGUUUGGAAGGUCAGACCUUUUUCUCCAAGAAGGACAAGCCACUUUGCAAGAAACAUGCUCAUUCUGUGAAUUUUUGAAAGUCAACAGUUCAGGCAGGGGAGGAGAAGAAAUUCGAAGACAAAAGAGGAGAAUUGGAAUUACCAAUUAAUUUUUAGAUUUAAUAUUUAUGGGAAUUUUGAAAAAUAAUAGUGGCCCUGAAGGGAUAAAUUCCAGCUUUAAAAAUCAAGUCUGUGAGGAAAUAUUUGGCUUCAUAAAGUAAAGAGACAGUUUGGCAUUUAUGAUUACUUUUUUCCUGUGUUUUCUGCCCAUAAAAUAAUUUUUAUAAAAACCAAUUUCCUGGUUAACUAUUAAAUUCAUCAUAGAAUAAAUUAGUGAAGAAUUAAAUUUUAGAAUAAAAACCUCUAAAAUCUAUGCUGAAUUAAUUAUGCUUUCUUUCCUUGUUAGGUAGUUCUGAGUAAAUCUGUAAAAGGCAAUGAAAAUUGCCUUACACUCUAUCAAUAAGUAAAAUGUAUUUUUAAAAAAAUAGUGCUUGUCUUUAAAAGAGGAAAUACGAGUUAAACAGAAUUUUUUAUCAGUAGUAGGUGUCAGUUUUUAAAAACUGUAUGUACUUUUUUUGUCUUACUGAUCAAUCCAGUAGGAAAGACUAAGAUUUUCCAUCAGAAUGUGCCAUGCCAAUAAGAGAUGUUAACAUAUUUCUCUCAUCCACCCCCCACAAAAGCUACCACAUUGCUUAUAAAUUUCAGAUUUUUACCUUUUAUUAAAAUAUGGCCAUUUCUAUUCAUUGUGUAUGUUUUAUCACCUAUAUUAGUCAAACUCCCAUUUUUUUCCCCUUCCGUCAUGCUGAGGUCAAGAGAGUAAGUAGAAAAGAGUGAGGUUAGGAAUUAUGGGAAAUCAGAGGAGGACUGUAUUCAAAAAUUUUUAAAAUUCUCCCCUUUUCAGAUAGUGAAUCCAUUAGAUCAGUUUCAGAUUUGUACUACUGACUGAUAAAGGUUUGAGAACUCUCUUUGCAGAAUAAUUUUUUCUUUAGUUCUACAUUAGAAAAGUAAAAGAUUGGCUUGGGGAUGUGAUAAAAUCUAAGGGUUUUUUUUUUUCUUUUAGUAGUUCUCUCUCAGUGAUAAAUAAACCACUUCCAAAUGUGAUCACAAAGUUUGGAAAGCUUUUAUUCCCAGAGAUUGUUAGUAUAGGAGGGGAACGUGAUCAGUUACUCAGACUGGCUCGUUAUUUGUUUUCUUUAUUUGGGGAAACAAUUAUAUAGAUAACCCAUGAAGACAGAGCAACAAUUGUGAAAUUGUGACUCCUAAUGAUAUUUGCCCAGUGAGAAAACAGAUUAUGACAUUUGAUAGUUUUUCCUUUGUUUCCAGAAUGGAUGAAAGCCCAUGAUCCCACUAAGUUAAAAAUAUCAAUGUGUCUGGGGCAAGGUGCUUUCAAAGUUGAGACAGAACCCCAAGUCCUCCCUGCCCCGUAACUCAUGAACGACUUCAUUUCCAUUGUGCACAUGUUUGUUGUAGAGGGAGGUUUUAGGCUCUAAUAUUUGUUUAACCUCCCUAAGAACUUUUCAAGGCAUCUGUACUGAAAGCUGUUAAUUUAUGGUCUAGCAGAUUUAUAUUAUAUGCAGAUAAUAACUAACUGGGAAUCAAAGCAUGAGAAGGGUCACGUGAAGUGGCUUCACCAGUAGCAACCCUGAACUACCUCCUCACCCUGCAUCUGUAGGGAGGCAGGAAGUUUUACUUUUGAAAUAAAGUCCUGGAACUGAAUUGUGCCCUCUUUCUCAUUGCUGCUGAAACCACCCAUAGAGUUCAUGUGGGUUGUCAUAUAGCUUCAUGUCAGUCUCUUGCUUUACACGAUACAAAAUAAAUUGGUGAUUUUGUUUGGAUGUAGUAGAGAUGAUUUUUUUUUUUUUUUUGGUUGUUUAGUUUUGCCUUUGUAGAAUCUAUGCCAAGAUAGUAUUUGAAAAGUCAGUGACAUUUGGGUAUUUCCUUUCCAGAAUUUUAUUUGACCUGGAUUUCUUAUUAAGUUAUAUUACAUUAAGGAUAUCAUUUUUAUUAGACUCUUCUUUGUGCACAUUAUUUCAUGGAGCAUAAUGUUGCAUUCUUCUAAAUUUUAUCCCUAAAAAGAAAACAUUGCUUCCUAAUUUAUCAUUUUGUCUUUGUGCUUUGUCCUUCUCCUUUGUGGCAAAGCUUUCUAUCUGUUCUAAAACAGUUAAUUCUGUGAAAUAAAUAUUGACUAUAACCCAGAAGAAUCUCUGUAUUUCCCAGUGGAGAAUGAAUGCCGUAUUUAAUACCCCAGCGUUAAUCUUUUAAUAACUGGCAGAGCACUUUAUUCUUCUGGUGAGUUCCCUGAAUAUUUAUUUUUCUGAUUAUAAAUAUUCUAUGUCAGUAGCAUUUUUUUUAAUUAUUACCUCUUUCCUGUAGAGCAUUUACUUUUAGUCUUUCUUGAUGUAUAUUUUGGAAUGCUGUACUUAGUAUAAUACAGAUUAAAAUUACAGUAUCUAACUCUUAAACAUCCUUUACUUGUAUUUCCCUGAUUCAAAGUAUUAGUGCUAGUUUCCAAUUUAUAACAUUUUUCUAGACUUACAAGGGCUGAAUGUUGCCCGCUAGAGUGGUAGCCUAGACAGGAUCCCUGCUGCUUAUGCUUAUCAUAGCAUACAUAUUUCUUGUUGAUUCAGGUUACAUUUAGAGUCUAAAGCUAAAGCCUAGUCAUUUGGUCACAGUAUGAGGACAAACAGAAAUAAGAGUUUAAAUCUUCAAAAUAUUAGGGUAGCCUAUGGUUAAAAUUAUCUAGAACAAAAAUGUUUCCAUGGUGCCAUUUUCAAGGGGUAGUAUAUCAGGACCACUUUUAUAGAAAAGUCCUUCCUCUCCCUUGUUCAAGUAUGAAUCUAGUGUUAUAUUCACAGUUUUGUGAGGUUUGGAGCUUUUUAAAUCAUCUCUGUUGAAAGGAGAGGCUUUUCAGACAUAAGGGAAAGGAAAACAGUGAAUAAUUUGACACAAAUCUAGUGCGGCUUCAGUUUGUCAUCCUUCUCCUCCAAAUGUUUUAAGAUAUUCGGUUUGGAUUCUCAAAGUAUCAUUUGCCUUAUCUGUUAAUCUCUAUUUUCUGUUUCUUUACAUUUUUACAUUUGUAUACAUCUGUACUGUUUUGCUUUUGGAUACAUUUUCUAAUUAAAAACCACGUGAGAAAUAUAAUCAGUGUAGUUAUACCUUAAUGUGCACAUAAUAAAUAAAUGGCUGCAGUGAUAUAAACAA